AUGCUCCAACAGACGGAAACGCGGAGAGGAAACCUGUCAUACUUCCUAGGAGGAAAGCGCGCGUCCGACCCUAAGGAUUGGUCGCCAAGCGUAGAUGUUGUUAAAGAGACGAUUAAGUUCGCCAUGAGCAUGGAGAGGCUAGAUGUAUAG